CACAUACACGCACAUAAGCUUCCUCUCGCAAGCUCAUCGAUCGAUCGUUCGCGCGCGCGCGGGGUUGGACUGCAUUGCAUGGAUCCUGGCCACCUCCAAUCUCUUCUUCUUCACUUGACCCUGCUUCUCUCCUUCCACCCACUUCCAUCCCCAGCUUUCUUGGCCGAUCGAUCUUGAUCCAUCCGCCGCCGGUGCGAUCAAUUAACCUGUGAUCGAUUCAUCGUCAACCACGCAUACCAUGGGGGAUGCUGUGGCCGUUAGUACCAGCGCCACUCGUCACAGCUGCAAGGUGUGCCGGAAGGGCUUCCCCUGCGGCCGCUCGCUUGGCGGCCACAUGCGCUCGCAUUCUCUCGCCGAGGUGGAGACGGCACUAGACGACGACGACGACGACGACGGCGGAGAGGAGCAGCAGCAACGACGUGCCUUUGAUUGCAUGACGGCCCCGGGUGCCGGGGGUUACGGGUUGAGGGAGAACCCGAAGAAGACGCGGCGCCUCUCGAGCCUCGACGACUGCAACAGCAGUGGCCACGGUGAGCUGUUAUCGUCAUGCGUGUCAGAGGUGGACCACGAUCGCCAUCGCCACCGUGCGAGAAGCGGUCUCGUCAUGGAUCUGGAACUGGAGCGGGAGCAGGAGCAGGAGGAGUACAUCGCGCUAACUCCUACGAAGCCGGCUUACGGCCUGAUGCCGCAGCCAAGGCGAAAACGACGCUCCAUGCGCGUGCCGGCCGCCGUCGACACGGAGCCAGAGGACGUCGCGCUUUCCCUCAUGAUGCUGUCGCGUGACAUCAUAGAACGCCGGCGGUGUUCCAGGGCCACGGCGGAGGAGGACAACGCUAGGCGAGAGCGAGACUACCGGUACCAUCAACACACCGACUGCAAUGACGAUGCCAAGAUCAACAAGAGGAAGCAUGAUCACAGCCUCGUCAUCGACGAGAAGCGGGGCCGGUACGAGUGCCCUGGCUGCAGGAGGGCAUUCCAGUCCUACCAAGCUCUCGGCGGCCACCGCGCCAGCCACAAGCGGAUCAAUAGUAACUGCAGUAUCGCCAAGCCUGUGGUCGACCAACGACCGGAGCGAAUUGUCGAGACCAACAUCUCCUCGUUUAACAUCAACUACACCACUCACAUGGCUACUACAGCGGUGGUGGCCUUGAAGGCGAAGUCACACAAAGCGAUCAAAUUCGAGUGUCCCAUCUGUUUUAGAGUGUUUGGCUCGGGUCAGGCGCUCGGUGGACACAAGCGGUCACACUCCAUUGCCGGUGAGCUCUAUGAACGCGCACAUGCUGACGGAGACGAAGACAUUGAUGACUACGAUGACCAACCUCUCAUCUCUAAUAGAUUUCUUGAUCUCAAUCUGCCAGCACCAGGAGUUGACGAAUGAAGUAUGGUUGGUUCGAAUGUUAAUCUUCAAAGAAAAGAUGUGGUAUAUAUAGAAUUAUAGUUUCAGGUUCAAUUCAUUCUUUAAAGAUUUAACUUACAAAUAAUCUUUUAUUGGGUGAGAUGUACCAUGAUUAGGUUCAUCAAUAAUUCACCUACAUUUUCUAAA